AUGGCCACCACCAGUGUCCCGCACUUGCCCUUUGUACCCAAGUUCAAGUCCGACUGCAUUGAGCCUUCCCUUGUCAGAUCGGAGGAACAACAGCAUGAAUGCCAAAAGGAUGGAAAGGUGUUGGAGGAUCUCUUUGACAAGAUUUCAAACUACUCGGUAUUCGAUUUCUUGCCCUUUGCAUCCUUUGAGAGGUGUUUGCAGCAUGCGCUUAUGGCCAGAGCUUCUCAGAUCAUCACUGAUUUCUUGGCAUUUGAUGCAGAGAACUUUGGUGGAAUGGCUGACUCUUGGACGUCCAUUCUGAAGAUUGCCUACCCUCAUCUUGCGCAAUUGCACUUGUCAGACAUCCUUCUUGCUUUUGUUGAUCGGGCAUACAUGAACCGGGUGACUUUCCAGUGUGUUGGCCUGCUUGAUUUUAUUGAGUUCUAUGGUGGGGUUGGCAACUUGUCCAGGGAGCUUCUCUUGCGACACUUGCAUGGUGCCAUCUUCGACACAAUGUACCGCCCAGUGGAUCACGACUGCUUGGGUCAAGGAUUCAGGUUGUAG